AUGUUAGCCAGUCCGGCAUCAAGCUCUUUGCGACGGUCUCCGUUGCUCGUCUGCAUCCUGGUGGUGCUGUGUAUCCAGUCUUACUAUCUGUUCAAAUACGGCUCGCCUGGUCGUCACCCACCACCUAGAUAUGAUCCUGGACCUCGAAUUGCGACAGAGACCGUCAUUGUCACUAGAACGGCCCUUGUCGGACCCUCUGGAACAAAUGCAGUGCUUCAGAAGAAUACAAAUCUCCCCGUCCGGGGUCCUCCGAUGCAUGAUAUCGUCCUGUCGAUAAAAACCGGUGCUACGGUUAUUCACGCUAGAGUUCCCAUUCAACUUUUGACUUUUGUGCCGAAUUUUCCUAAUACACUCGUCUAUUCCGACCUCAAGUCGAAAAUUGGUGACAUGAAGGUUGCAGAUGCGUUGGCACGCGUUUCUGCGGACGAGGCCGGGAGCAGCUUGAAGUACUGGAGACAGCUUCAGGAGGUACAAGCUCAGAAUGAUGGGCUUUCGGAUUCUGAUGGCAAGAUGGGAGAUCUGAAGGGAGGCUGGUCGUUGGAUAAGUUCAAGAAUGUUCCAAUUCUUAUCGAAACUUACCAAAAGUUCCCUGGCGCUUCUUACUAUCUUUUCAUCGAUGGUGACACCAGCUUAAUAUCCAGCAACUGGUUUCCUUACCUCCUAGACCUCUCCCGUAAACAUGAUCCUAUCCACUCCCCUGUAUACUGGGGUUCAUUGGCGCUACUCAACAACGUCCCCUUCGGUCACGGUGGAUCCGGGUACCUCAUCAAUCAAGCCGCUAUACGUAGGCUCAUCCCCCAGGAUAAGCUCUUCGACGAAGAUUUCCUCCUCGGCCUAGAACGCAAUUACACAAAACUCGCUUCGUCGUCUUGCUGUGGAGAUCUAGUUCUCGGCCAGGCAAUGUCUGAUCGAGCAGGUGUAACGGUUAAACAUAAGUGGCCAUGGUAUCAGGGUGAAACGUGGUGGUCGAUCCCAUACCACGAGUCUAACUUUUGUUCUGCAAUCGGCACGCUACACCACGUCUUAGCUGAGGAUAUGCAGGAAAUCUGGGAUUUCGAACAAUACAUGCUCAAGAAGAAUGGGAUGGAUAAAUGGCGUCCUGAAGGAUGGACGGAAGAGUAUGAAGGUGGUUUCAAAGAAUGGAAGUUUUCGGAAAUGCCUAGAGAGGCUAGGAGCCAAGAUUUGAAGCAGUAUAAGAAUAUACUGUUUAGGGAUAUGUUCGACUAUUUUAUCGCCAGGAAAUUACCCCGAAUCGCUGAGAAGGAUAGUGAUGGGACGAUGAUGAUGUCAGCCAGAAGGGUUGGUUGGGAUAAUAGGAGUUGGAAGGAGACCGAAUGGAACAAAGAUAACGUCCUAAAAGAAGGUGUAUUGCUGUGGCAAAAGGAAUCCAUUCUCAAUGAAAGGAACUGCCGAAUUGCAUGCGAGACCCAACAAAAGGACUGCAUCCAAUGGUACUACCGCGACGGUAUCUGUGGUUUAUCCCCGAAGCUCAACUACGGCCGCCGGCUCCGUAAUGACGGGACCUACGACGAGUGGAGGAAACUUGGGGUUAGCGGUUGGAUCCCCGAACGUGUGGAAAAGAAGAUCAGCGACUGGCGAUCGAAGUGUCCAGGAACAUACGCUUGA